CUAGACAUGCAGACUGCUUCUACACACAUUUUUGAAAGAAUGGGUUGCUCUCAGGAGCUCCGUGAAUUCAGGCCUGGUACCAUGAUGGGUUGCUACCUGUGCAAUAAGUCCAUCCGUGAAAUUUCCUUGCUACUAAAUAUUCCAUGAUCAACUGUUAGUGGUAUGAUAAAGUGGAAGCAACCGGGAACAACAGUUACUUAGCCACAAAGUGACUCUAGAGCAGCGGAAACAUGUUCUCUAGAGUGACUAAUCAUGCUUCUCUGUCUGGGAAUCUGGUGGACAUGUCUGGGUUUGACGGUUGCCAACAGAACGGUACAUGCCUGACUGCAUUGUGCAAAGUGUAA